AAGAUCUUCUCACGUGUCCUCCUUUACCGCCUCAACAACCACCUGGAACAAGGGCUCCUACCAGAAAGCCAGUAUGGCUUCCGCCGCAAUCGCGGCACCGCAGACAUGACUUUCGCCGCGCGACAGCUACAGGAGAAGUGUCAAGAGGUGCAUACUCACCUUUACGCGACCUUCGUGAACUUGACUAAAGCCUUCGACACGGUGAACCGGGACGGACUGUUGAAAAUCAUGCAUAAAUUCGGCUGCCCGGAUCACCUCAUCCAAAUGGUACGCCAGCUCCACGACGGGAUGAUGGCACGCGUAACUGAAGACGGAACAGUAUCCGAGGCCUUCGCAGUAACAAACGGUAUGAAGCAAGGGUGUGUCCUCGCGCCAACCCUCUUCAGUAUCAUGUUCUCUGCCAUGCUGAUGGACGCCUACAGAAAUGAGAACCCUGGCAUUGGCAUCACUUACAGAACUGACAGGCAACUCUUUAACGCCCGACGUAUGGAGGCGCCCACGACCUGCUCUUCGCGGAUGACUGUGUGCUAA